AUGAGUGUGGCCACAGAACACGGUGAGAGACAGCCAGUUCAGAGUAUGUUGUUUUAUGUAUGUUAUCUUACUUUGCCUUUACAGUAGUUUUAAUUUAGGAAUGUUACUUAAGGUAAUAAACUUUUGGUCGUAACUUUGUUGUUUACAGUAAGAUCUUGUUGACAGAAUGUUAUGAUGCUUUUGCUCAGUGUCAGUUUUGUAAUAAUAAUAUUGGAGUUAUUGACAGUCGAAGAGUAUUUUUACAAAGAUGGUUACUGUUUGCUUAGUGUAAUAUGUUGUUUGAGACUGCAAAUUUUGAAGAAAUACAAUCUCUGGUUUUGCGACAAUAUUAGUUUCAAUAAGUUGACUUUAAAAUUGAUAAGAUUUGCGAAAAAUUUUGUUUUUGAUUUGUAUUUUAAAGUACAAUAAUAUAAUGUUACAUUACAUUAUUGUACAUUAUUUUGUAAAAGUUCGUGAUUUAUAAAAUCAAAGUAGAUAACCCUGUCUGUCUUAUUAAUAUUGUAUUUUUGACUUAAUUGUAUCGUAUAACCAUACCCAAUUUUAAAAGACAUUAGAAUUACAGAACACUAACCUUAUAGUAGACCACCGUUAUAAAAACCUGAUUUCAGAUGUAAAUUCCUUCGUUUUUAUCAGCGGAAACGAGAACAAGGUCCGUGAUGCGAUUGCCAUUCUAGGACAACAUGUUUCGCUUGCAAUCCGACCGGUCGAUCUGAUGGAGAUCCAAGGAAAGCCUUCAGAAGUCGCGUUCCACAAGUGUUCGGAAGCGAUGAAGCUGACUGGAGGGAACGUGAUCGUCGAGGACACGGGUCAGUCGCUUACUUUACACCGUUUCAUUUCUUUUCGCCGUUCCAAAGGUUAAUAUUUCAGCGUUGUGCCUGGAGGCGUUGGGUGGAAUGCCAGGACCUUACAUCAAAUGGUUUGUCAACUCUCUCAACGCCAAUGGCAUCUACAAGAUGCUACUCGGGUUCGACUCCUUCAAUGCUACAAUAAUUUCUACAGUAGCUGUGGGACUGCGGAAUGCGGAAGGAAAGGACGAAAUAAUGCUGUUCGAGGUACAUUUCAAUAUAAAGAACGUUACACACCUACUAUAACAUAAGCUACAAGUGAAACGAUAAGCUUUUAAACUAUUUUUAUCGUUUGUCGCCUAUAUUAAUAUAAAAAAGGUGGCUAAAGUUCAACUUGAACGUUUAGGGCCGAACGGAAGGCCGGAUCGUGAAGCCGCGAGGAAGUUGGGGCGAGCGGAACGGCUACGAUCCAUGCUUUGAACCGAACGAUCAGUCACAGACCUACAGCCAAAUGGACCCCGAGACGAGAACAUUACACUCUGCACGGCAGAAGGCUCUCCGAAAGGUUUUGCAUCACUUACAGAAGAAGAUAAACUAA